CGAUGAGCGACAAUUGAUUCGAUGAGCGAUGUUGCUCAUUAUUCCAAGCUCUGCGCGGCACGCCUUGAGGAUUCAGAGUCUUAGGUAUCUACGAAAACCAUCAUGGGCUGGUCCGGGUUAUUACCAGACUUCCCAGGCCCCUCGCAGAUGCUUCCAUGAAGGAGGGCGAAACAGGGCCGUGGAGGAAGCGGCAGCAGAGGAGGGGAGACCUGGCUUCUGGGGAGAAUACAAACGCUCAUUCAAUAUCCCAAGACCCAACUUCGAACCCGGCAAACAGGUCCCUCUCAAUCUAAUCGGCAAGGAAGUCACAGCCGUUGGGUUUCUCGGGAAGAGGAAGAAUUUUGGUUCUAAUAUAUGUUUUUCUACCUUGUUUGGGCCCGAUGGUGAAAAGAUCCAAUUACUUGCACGGUCUGAAGACAAUGAAGAAGCCAAUAGAGCUUUACGAACCAUUCCACAAGAGAGCGCAGUCAGUGUAACUGGGAUUUUGCAUUUGAAACAUGACGCCAAAAAUCCGAAGAUAUCAUCCGAAAAGGCGGAAGAAGGCAUGGCCUUCACAACUCAAGUCGAGAUACGUCUGCAGAAUGUCACAUGUAUCAAUGCUUUCCCCAAAAACAUUCACGUCAACACCAACACUGCCAAGCAUAGGCAUCUGCAGAUUCGUUUUGACCCCACGCUCAAGGAAAGGCUGCAAUUUAGGUCAAAAGUAGCUGCUUUUGCUAGACGAGAGUUGGCAGAUUUCACAGAAAUUGAGACCCCAAUUCUGUUCAAAUCGACACCCGAAGGAGCAAGAGAGUUUAUUGUUCCUACGAGAAGAAGAGGUUAUGCAUACAGCUUACCUCAAAGUCCGCAGCAAUACAAGCAGAUUCUGAUGGCUAGUGGAAUCCACAAAUACGUACAAUUUGCUAGAUGCUUUAGAGAUGAAGACCACCGAGCGGAUCGACAGCCGGAAUUUACCCAAAUCGAUCUCGAGAUGGCGUGGGCGGAUGGAGAAGAUGUUAUGCAGCGGGUCGAGAAAUUCAUGAAGGCUCUCUGGCAAGAAUUUAUGGGGUUGAGUAAUAUCCCUACUUUCAGACGGAUGGGAUACCAUGAAGCUAUGUCAAAGUACGGUUCUGACAAACCUGAUCUGCGUAUCCCAGGCUUGAUCCAUCGAAUCGAUCAUAUUCUUCCUGCAAGCCUUCGCGGUAUGCUCACUUCCAUAGAGAAUCCUAUUGUGGAGGCAUGGAAAGUCAGAUUAGACUCUGGCUCUAAAAUCUCCAAGAAAUUCGUUACUGGUUUCAUGGAUUCUGCAGAGGCGGCGGAAUUUAGAAAUAACCCAGACGGUGCGCCAGGGGUAUUCAUAUUCGAUCCUAGAAAACCCCUCGAAGGAUUACAUGCAUUCGGUUUCGAAGCAGCCGAACAACUGCAAGCUUUGUAUGCUGAUGCAGCAGCUUCACCAGAAGCAACUGAUUCCCAGUUUGAGGAAGGCGAUGUGCUAUUUAUUCAAGCUCGUGAGAAUGUGCCUCACACCGGAGGCUCUACCAUGUUAGGAAGGCUUCGUCUCGCUUUUUUCAAUGCUGCACGUUCCGAAGGUCAAGUUACGGGCGAUCUGCGUGACCAGUUUCUCUGGGUCACGGACUUCCCCAUGUUUACCCUCAACGACGGCGAUGGACCAGGCCAAGAAGGACAUUCUGGGUUUUCAGCAACACAUCACCCAUUCACAGCGCCUAAGUCUGCCGCUGAUGUCGAUCUGCUGUUGACCGAUCCGUUGAGUGCGAUAGCAGAUCAUUAUGAUCUUGUUCUAAACGGAGUAGAGCUUGGUGGAGGAAGUCGGCGUAUCCACAGUGCUGAGAUGCAGCAAUUUAUUAUGAGAGAUAUCUUGAAGAUGGAACCUAAACGCAUGGAUUCCUUUUCUCACCUCUUCGAAGCUCUUCGGGCAGGCUGCCCUCCUCAUGCCGGCCUCGCGAUAGGAUUUGAUCGCCUUAUUGCGGUCAUGUCUCGCCGAGAGAGUGUUCGGGAUGUCAUUGCAUUCCCAAAAGACAAAUUGGGUAACGACCUUCUGGUAAAUUCCCCGAGCCGAUUGACGAGCCGACAACUGUUCGACUAUCACAUUAAAAUAAGGUCGGAGAAGGAAGUGAAUGAGGAAAAUGAGGCUCGUGACAAGAUCUUUAACCUUGGUGUUAAUAGGCUUCUUGAGACUUUGAAAGGCGUCCAAUGGAUGAAAGCGUCGGACAACCUCUUAUAUCCUGUCUCGAAGGACAACGAAAAUCCAGAUCGGCCCUGUCACGCUGAAGAGAUAUCAAGAGUUCUGAACCAGCUCGACUCGAAGGUGAAGGAUUUGAGACCGCAGGGCGCAGAAAUCACUGCAGAGGACCUAGAUUGGAGAACAGAGUAUCCGGCUGAAGUAAAGAGAACUAAACAGGUCCUAGAGCAGAUGGAUUCAUUGAUGGAAAAAUUGGAGCAUAUCAAGGAAGGCUGCAUUGCCUCGGUCGAAACUCGAACGGAACUGAAAGAGAUAUUAUCUUUCGUGGAGUUCUUGGAGCUUCGCUUUCAGAUCCUGCAAAAAUGGCCAUAUCCGGAAUUAUUGUCCGAUAUUGAGAAUGUCAUUCGUGAUGUCUCUCGGAUAUUGACAGGGGAUGAAUGAUAGCGUGACAGCUGGUUCCAGCAACCUGUCAAUUUCGGCCACUACAGCAACCGGUUCGACGACCGUUACUUGGUCUGAGACCGGUUCUGCUGCCACUACCAACAACAGGACCGAACUAGCGACUAUCAGUAGCACGAUAUGUGCGGCGGGGUAUGUAAUAUUUUGUACGAUAUCAAGUUGAUGUACAGCAUAUGGUGGGAGUCAGGUCUGUCAGCAUUUUCGCGGUGUUACUAUAUUGUACAUAUCUACAUAUCUCUACUUCACACGGGAUUGCAUCAAUCAAUAGCCCUAGUUGGC